CAACGCAAAGUAGAUGGUAUCCUCAGCAAGAUUCAAAAUGGCUGGCGUACGAAGAAAGCGUUCACAAAAGAUGAAACGUGUUAACUCAACUUGUCCAGGUCGUAAACUAAAGAAGAAAGGCAAAAUCAAAGUUAAUAUUGAGAGUAAAACCAUUCGCAAAGCAUGGGACAAAUCCAAGACGCUUAAACAGAAUUUUAUGAGCCUUGGUCUCGCCUACAACAUUAACAAAUUAACUUCAGAGGAAAAUAAAGAUGAUGAUUCAAUGGAAAUCGAUAAGAAGCCAAUCAGUUCAACCAUUAAAGGGCUUGAAGAAGAGGCUUCUCAUUGCAUGAAAAAAGAAAGGCAUUUUUCGCCUGGUGAAGCUAAAUUUAUUUGGGAACUAAUUCAAGAUCAUGGCGAUAAUUACGAGGCUAUGAAGAAGGACAAACGUAACUUUAUGCAACAUACCGCCAAACAACUAAGACGAAAGUGCUUGAAAUUUUUAAGCUCCAGUCAGAAUUUUGCAAAUGACAUGGAAAGUUAGCCAAAAGAAUUGUAUAUAUCUUAAUGCAUUCUCCUACAUAAAUAGAUGAAAUGUAUAAUAA